AUGGCUGACAACCACGUGCCGACGACGCCGCCUCCGAAGAGAAGUAGGAGGAGGAGGGUUGCUGAUCUUUCGGGGUUAGCACAGGCCUGGGAGAAUGAGAAGGAUGUGAGAAAGGGAUCGAGGAAGAGGAAGUGUUUGCUUCAGUGGAAGGACCCUACCAAGGUUGGUCUGAUAGGGUUCAACAGCUUGAAGGAAAACUGGAAGGUUAUUCUUCAUUUGAUCAAUAUUUACUGUCCCGACUCGCCGCCGAGCAAGACAGUUCCAGUCGACGACGUGAAGCCCGAGGUUCAGAAGUUCUACGAGGAGAUUGAAGUGACCCCCAAAUCGGGCCUUGUUCACUGUGAGAGCCAUUCGCUGAAGAUGUUCCUUACCUUUAUGAACCGCCGGCAUGAUGGCAGCACCCGCAAGGACAAUCGCCUCCGAGCACUGUUCGACGAGCUCACGAAGUACUGGCCGCCUAAGCCCCGAAGCAAGAAAAACUUGGUUCCGGAUGAAGAGGAAGCUUCGGACGAUGAUGCAGAAGCUGAUGUAGAGGCACAGGUUUGGGUUUGGUAG